CGUCUGACGCCAUCACCACAACAACCUCACAACAACCUCCGGGCGCAUCCGAUCACACGAUCGUCGUCGCCCCUAACUCAACAACAAUAACCUCCAGAGGGUAUUUAAUCGCCGUUGUUAAUCGAGGAAAAGCUUCUUGCAGGCAACACGUAUCAUAAAAAGAGGAGGAUGUUGUGGUGAUCCCAGAAGUUGUUAUGAGGUUGUGAGAAUUGUUUUUAAAAUGUUGGAAUAUGAGAACCAGAUGUUGCUGGAUCUUUUGCACGAAGAUGGCCUCCUUGUUGCAGCCAAAGGCCUGGGUCUUGAGAGAAUUUUGGAAAGUUUGAUCACUGCUUACAAUGACCCUGGUAAUUUGGUUAUUGUAAUAGGCACCUCUUCACGUGAAGAGGAGUAUUUGUUAUCUCAGUUGGAAGGUAGAGGAGUCACUCCUCUCCCACGUUGUGUUACUGCCGACUGCUCUGUGGGUGAGAGAUCACAAAUUUACCAUCAGGGUGGAGUGCUAUUUGUUACGUCACGAAUAAUGGUGAUGGAUCUGCUGAUGGAACGUGCUCCUAUUGAGCUUAUUACAGGCAUAAUUGUAUGGAAAGCGCACAAGAUUUUGGAGUCUUGCCAAGAAGCAUUCAUCCUCAGAUUGUAUAGACAAAAAAAUAAGACAGGGUUUGUGAAAGCUUUGACAAGUAGCCCACUGUCAUUCACAGCUGGGUUUUGUCAUGUGGAGAGAGUCAUGCGAAAUCUUUUUGUCAAGAAAUUGUAUUUAUGGCCGCGUUUUCACAUGGAUGUUACGGCUUGUCUGGAGAAAUGCAAGCCUGAGGUUGUGGAGCUGCACCUGCAGAUGACACCACCAGUGAAGCAGAUCCAGAUGGCAGUGCUUGAUCUCAUUACUGCAACAGUCCAGGAACUGCGGAGAUCAAAUAGCACAAUUGACACAGAAGAAUUUACACCAGAAAAUGCUAUAUCAAAAUCUUUUGAAAAAAUGCUUCAGGUGCAGUUGGAGCCCAUCUGGCAUCAGCUGUCAAUACGCACCAAACAACUUAUUGCUGACCUUAAAGUUUUACGAACAAUUUUAGUGUAUCUUACACAGUAUGACUGUGUCACUUUCUACAACUUGGUAAAUUCUUUGCGGACAACAGAGAAAGCUAUACAGAGCUCUGGAUGGAUGUUGCUUGGUUCUGCAGAGUCGUUAUUUGUCAAUGCUAAGUUGCGUGUGUUUGGAAAAAUGAAUAGCCCAACUAAAAAUGAUAAAGUGCAAGAUGGAACUACAAGCAAAUCGAAGAGUGAUUUAAUUGAACCAGAUUUGGAAGUAAACCCAAAGUGGUUAGCUUUGUCUGAGGUCUUAGAUGAAAUUCGAAAAAAUGUCUGCGAGAGUAAGAUCUUGGAGAAAUGUUUGGUGGUAACUCAUGAUGAUCGGACAGCCCAACAACUGAAGGAGUAUUUAGUUGAUGGUGCUCAAGUGGUCCUUCGCAGAGUGUUCUACAGCACCAUUGGAGCCAAAAUGGGACUUCAACCACCGGAACAUUUCCUGAAAGAGCUGAACAGAAUUAAAAACAGCAAUAGAGAAAGAGGAAACACACUCACUGGAAAAAGAAAAAAAGAUUUAAGCGAAGUACCUCAGAGAGAAGAAAAAGAUAAGGGAAAGAAAGGUAAAAAGACAAAGAAAACAGAGGAUGAACAAAAGGAGGACAUUACAUUAACACAAAUAACAAGUAAAUAUAAGUUUGUUGGCCAAGAUGAAGAAGAAUGUGAUGAUGACAAAGAGAAAGAGGAAUACAGAUUAAUAUCUAGAAGAUUUUUAUCAUCGCCUCUAAUAAUGGUGCAGUCUGUGCGGGAUACUGGUGAUCCUUUCAUGAUGCCACGAUUAUUAGAAGAGAUUCAACCCAAGUAUGUUGUCAUCUACGACUCUGACUUAACAUUUAUUCGGCAGCUUGAGGUGUGGCAGGCAAAUUAUGGGGAACGUAUACUUGUGUAUUUUCUCGUGUACAAAGGAACUACCGAAGAGCAAGUUUACCUUACCAAUGUCAAGAGAGAAAAGGAUGCUUUUGAGUACCUAAUUAAGGAGAAAUCUUCAAUGGUAAUCCCGGAGUAUAAUGAUGGUAAAACUGAAGAUCAUCCAGACCUUGUACGCGAUCCUCGUAAAGCCAGUGAAAUUAUUGCCCAGGAAGACAAAAAGGACACACGAAAGGGAGGACAGACGAGCAUAGAGGCAACAGAGCCUCAACGGAUUAUUGUUGAUAUGAGAGAAUUCCGGAGUGAACUCCCUGCUUUAAUUCACAAAAGGGGAAUUGAUAUUGAUCCUGUAACCAUAGAGGUUGGUGAUUAUAUCCUGACUCCUGAUGUUUGUGUAGAAAGAAAGUCUCUCAGUGAUUUAAUAGGAUCCUUGAACUCAGGGCGUCUAUAUAAUCAAGCUCAGGCCAUGACCAGAUAUUACAAACAGCCCAUUCUACUUAUUGAAUUCGACCAAAAUAAGCCAUUUCAUUUGCAGGGACGGUACUAUUUGUCAAGUGACGGAUCAUCUUCACCAAAGGACGUUGCUGCAAAAUUACAGUUAUUGACGCUCCAUUUUCCUAACCUGCGAAUCCUGUGGUGUCCUUCUCCGUAUGCUACUGCCGAGAUAUUUGAAAUGCUCAAGACUGGCAAGCCUGAGCCAGUGGUGGCCCAGGCUCAGGCUAUCACUGCUGAAACCAACCCAGAUACUGAUUCCGACAAGUUCAAUCCCCAGAUAAAGGACUUUGUGUCCAAACUACCUGGAGUUACCACAAAGAAUAUCUAUACACUAUUGAACAAGGUGUCAAGUCUGGUGGAGUUGCUGUCGUUAUCUAAGGAGGCUCUGUCAGAUAUACUGGGCAAUAGCCGACAUGCCGAAGCAUUACAUGCUGGUCUUCAUCAAAGCAUGAAGCCUCCAGAACAAGCUCAGGAAUCAAAAAGGGGUGGCAAGUUCACCAAGAAGGGAAUGAGACGUUUCAGAACCUGAGGGAUUUAUUAUUAAGAUUGUAAAAUAUGCUAGUGCUGCCCUGCUGGAUAGUAGAAGAGAGCAAUGUGAUACAGAUGUGCUGUACUGUAGAUAUAGUUGAUUAUUUAACUUGUAUGAAUGUGUUGGAGAACCCAUCAGUGAUCUUAGUGACAAACAGUGCUGGUAUCAACUACUUGCCUUAUGUCCCACCUUAUCUGUUACAAACAGGGUUAUGGCAGUAAUCUUUUAAUUCUUAAACUGAACCAAGAAAAAUGUUCUACCUCCUCCUCCUCCUCCUUUCUUUAGUCGUUGGAUUUUCUUUCCUGCUGUCUGCUAGCUCAACAGUGGGGAUGGUUGUUAUCAUAGGACAUUUAGACUAUUGCAAACUCUGGGAGCGUGAUGUGCACCCGCCACAGGCAAAUAAGUCACCGACUAGCUGGCAUGGUGGCCAAUUAGACAACAAAUUGGACUUAAAGAUAAAAAUGAUGGAUCAAGAUUCUUUACAAGGUGGAAUGCACACUACAGUCCCAAUCACAGUGAAAGGAUGCCCACCACAUCCUUCAGAAGUGUAGUGAACCGCUGGGGACAGAAACUGUAGUUGCAGCAACAGAACAGAAGGCAGAAGAUGAGAAUUUGAUGCCAAAGGGCUCAGUUGGGGGCUGCAGAGGCUGCCGCUGCAAAGCAAGAUCCUACAACACAGCCGCAAUCUUAUAAUUCAUUGCACGAGGACGACUCAGCCUGUACAGAAGUUCUAUGCCAGAAAACAGCACACAUCUUAGGGUAAAAGGACUCCUGAACCCAACAAGCAUAAUGUUUGAGGCAACAAAAGUAACCAUUGAGGGUCCAAGAAGGAAGUACAUAGCAGUGUCAGGAUAGAAGGAGGGCAAGGAAUACUAGCUACCUUGAACAUACACAGUUGAGCAACUAUGCCAGGCAUAGGAAAAAUGUCUUUGCUGAACAAACAUUGAUCCCUGACCCGAGCCACUAGGCAAGGGAAGUCAUAUGCAGCCAGGGGCAUGAACAGUCACUUAAGUGACCCAACCAUAUCCUGAGCUAAAGCACACGGCCUGCCUGCACAGAGGAAAGAGCCAGGUGUGAUAACCUCGCAAGCAAAUAGCUAACUGCUGUACUUUCAAUCUCCGUCAAUAGGCUUUGUAAUGGGGAUCAAACCCAUGCACUACCCGAAAAUGAGAUAACUAGAGGAUUCAACUCAUAGAGGCAAAGGCAUAGACAAAAUGGCUUGCAAAACUAAAAACAAAGAAAAGAGCUACAAGGAGAGGCUAGAGGUGUUAAAUAUGCUAAAGCUAGAAAAUAGAAGAAAAAGAGGCGACAUGAUCACUACAUACAAAAUAGUAACAGAAAUCGACAAAAUUGACAAAGGAAUUCUUGAAACCUGCAACUUCAUGAACAAAAGGUCAUAGAUUCAAUAAAGGGAACAAAGGUUUCAAAAAAAUAUUAGAAUGUUCUCUUUUGUAAACAGAAUAGUAGAUGGUUGGAACAAGUAAAGUGAGAAGACCAUGGAGGUCAAAACCAUCAGUAGUUUCAAAGCAUCAUAUGACAGAGUACUGGGAAGAUGAGACACCACAGGCAUCUCUCUCUUAUUGUAACUACAGUUAAGUAAAUACAAAACACAAAUGUGAAGCAGGAAAUGUAACAGACUCAAAUUUCUGUGAGUGGAACAAAACAUUCCAAGGAUAGCCAAUGGCACUCAUCUGAAAGUGUGAAGCUGAAUGUGGGUCUAGCAGAGAAGUUCGACCCAGGAUACACCAGGCAAAGGAAUGAGUGACCUUGGCUGCCAAGUCGUGACUGAUAGGCAUGUCUUGACUGUAGUGUUUACUCCGCAGCAACGAUUGCUGUCAUUGUUUUCCUGAGUUACCAAUUUCCUUAAACAUGUUGCUUGUUUUGAUGCAUUUAUACUUUCUGGUGACAUUGUUUUCUUUUCAUGUUGGGUUAAUUGUUGAACACUAAACUUCCUCUCACCUCAUAGAUGAGGUGAGGGAUGUCCUGGCUCCUAGUAGGCUGGAGUGGGUCUUAGAGAGGUGUUAUGAUUGUAUAAGUGCUAUAGCUUGGUGAGCUACUUAGGAGGCCCUACAAAAAAAUGGAACAAUUGUGCAGAGUGAAUUUGCAUGAAUCGAACUCAUGAAUUAAAGUUUUAUGGGAAAAAUAGGGAUGUGUUCCACAGGUAUCCAAAUAUCAAGUUAUUGUACAAUACAAAAGUAUUCUCAUCACUUUGUAGCCCCAAAUACAUAUACAGUACUGUACUGGAGUACUCAACAUAUUGUAGUAAUGAAUAAGUACAAAAAUAAUAUUUAAUAUAACUACAAAAAGUUUGCAUCUUUACAAGGAAGAUUUUUGUAUAAUUCGCAUUAUGUAUUUACAUUAUUUUACUUGUAGACAUUAAUAUAUUAGAAGAAAGCAGGGCAGCAGGGAUAUAUGUGUUCCAAGGUAUAUAUACAGUACCAUAUACACAUACAGCUGACACUGCCCUUUCUUGUGUACUCAAGCAGCAUGAACUUUAAACUUUGUAUUUCAUAUGUUUUAUCUAAAUGCUGUGUACAAAUAAUUUUAUAAAUAAAUAAUGUUAAGUGA